AAUCAAGUCGCCGAGUCUAAUAGACAGAAUCAAACAUACGUUCUCAAAGAUAAAAGUUCUGCAGUAAUUAUUAACAGACAGCAAAAAAUUUGUAAUAGAGUACUAAAAUGGAUCCGAUAAGAAUAUCAGUUCUAAUUGUAUGUACGGAGAAAAGUUCGGAUGAAGUUACUAUUUGGAGAGAGGAGUUACAAAAGAUAUUUGAUACUUUGCCUACACCAUUGCAACAAAUUGAUGUAUCUUACACAUUAUGUGAACAAAAUCCAGACGAACUAAAGGAACAAAUAAUUGCCAUAGCCGAUUCAAAUACAGCUGAUAUCAUUCUUAUACUUGAUCUAGCCUCAAAGCAAUCCGUUAUAACUGAAAUAAUUGAUAAAAUCGCAGAUACAGAAGAUACAAUCGGAAAAAUGUUUGCGGAAAUACCAACAUUUUUAAAAGCAAAAAUCAAAUCUCUAAAGUUUGGAUGCCGAAAUAAUAAAUUAAUUUUUUUCAAGACUGCCAAUAAAUCAGGAAUAUUAAAAAUUAUAGGGGCAAUUGCAGAUACAAUAGUACUUGCUGCACAUUUGCUACGAACUGUGGUGCGCAACAUUGUUAAUCGUCCAGAAAGACCAUUCGUCCAUGUUAAUCGUCCAGAAGUGGGAGAAGACAAGAUCUUGUGCGCACAACAUAGCAGGUCAUUCUCUCAAAUGGAAAUUUCGGAACUUUCUACUUUAUUUAACUUAUCUGUAAACGAAAAUAUAUCUACAAACCAAGAGACAUGUCAAUCUACAACUUCUGUAGAAGAAGCAUUGGAAAUUAUUGAGUCAACAGUAAAUUCAGAUGUUAUUAUCGAAAUGGAAAUAGAAAUGAUACACAUAAGAGACGCCUUUGGUAGAAUAUUGUGUCAUGCAAUAAAUUGCUGUAGUAAUGUACCACCGUUUUUAACUGCCACUAAACGGGGACAUGCGGUAAUAGCAAAUCAAGAAAUAAAUGAAACAGAAAUGAAGACGAAUAAGUCAAACAAAUUUAGUUCGUUUAUACUUGACUCUGACACGAGUGCAUUAGUAAAUAAGGGAGAAUGUCUUCCUUUAGGAACAACUGCUGUUAUACCAGCACAAAAUGUAAUAAGUUUUUAUGAAGCGGAGAAGCUAAUACAUACAACGUCACAUACAGUAAAAUAUUUGGAAAAUACUAGAUCACCAGGUAGCGAUAUCAAAAUAGGCGAUGAAAUUAUAGAAGAAUGUACGCAUAUUGGUUUAACGGAAAUAAAUCUUCUGACAGCGUGUGGUUGCAAUAAAAUAACAGUUUUUAAAAAAUUGUCCAUUGGUGUAUUGACUAUUGGAAAUAAGUUACAGGAAUCUGGACCAUCUUUGCAAUCAGAACAUUCAUAUGAUAUUAAUCGAGCAAUUCUAAUCUCACUAUUAAAAGAAAAUUGUUUUAAAUUUUAUUGUUUCGAUUUUGGAAUUACAAGUAAAAAUACGGAGCUUAUAACACGAAAGAUCACAAAAGCUUUAGAAAAUGUAGAUUUACUUGUGACAACUGGCUGUUCCAGUGAUAAAGACUGUUUGAAGACGAUUUUAAAGAACCACUUUGAAGCCACGUUUUAUUUUGAAAAUGUUAAUAUGAAACCAGGAAAAUCAACGGCAUUUGCAUCGUGCUACUUCAAAGACAAAGCCAAGUUUAUCUUAUGCUUGCCAGGAAAUCCAGCAUCUGUUCUCCUGACUGCAUAUUUAUUUCUUUGGCCUCUUGUUAACUUGCUGCAUAUUAACGUCAGCAAAAAAUAUCCUAGAAUGACAGUUAAAUUGGAACAAAAAUUACUUUUGCAUCCUCGUCCAAGAUACGUAUGGGCGACAUUAUCAUGGCGCGAGAAAGGAAUAAAACCAACAGUAAAAGUCACAUGCAAAGAAGAAAAUUCUAUCAGUAACAAGCUAUCUGACAUUGAUGAUGCUAAUGCACUCUUAGUGCUGCCGGCGAAAACAUCAGAGAGAAGUAUAUUGCAAGCUGCAUCGUUUGUAGAAGCAAUACUCAUUAAAUUUCCUAUUUCCUGAAAAAAAUGACAAACUGAUUAGCAUCAGCAAAAGUUGAAAUAUCAAUGCGUAUAAUUUAACACUAAUUAUAUAUUUUUUAUUAGUUCAUUUUUUAUUAUUAUUGUUUAAAAAUAGUUAAAAAAGUAGUUUACAGGACAAAUUGUAUCAUGAUUAGUGAGAAAAGUUUU